AUGGAUAUGGAGAUACCUGUAUUUGUUAAUGCUGAUGUUGGGUCUCAGGGGAGAGUCCCACCUCCUCCAAAUGUAGGAAUAGGUGAAGAGCCUAAUGUUGAUGACAAUGAACGUAAUGUUAAAAAUGAUGAUAGGGAUGCAAAUAGGCAUGAAGUUGAUUAUGUAAAUGGGGAUAAACAUACGGGUGCUGGUGAUGAAAGAUGA